GUCGUGGAGGCAUCGCAGCCGAGAAGCCUGGAGCGGCCGCGGCGGUAGUCUCCACCCCGGAUACCACACUCCUUCCCCCGGCUCAUAUAAAGGUUGCAAGACUCACAGGCCGUCCUCGGGCUGCUUUUUUUUUUGGUUGAUGGUUAGACUCUGCGAGAGAAGGAUGAAGUUCCUUGUAGCCGUUACAAUCAUUGUGGGAUCUCUGAUUUUUCUCGCUUUCCCAAAUGGCUCAUCGGCUGACGAGAAGAAGAAAGGCCCCAAAGUAACUGCAAAGGUGUUCUUUGACAUGAAAAUUGGAGAAGAAGAAGUUGGAAGGAUCGUCAUUGGGGUGUUUGGGAAAACUGUUCCAAAAACAGUCGACAACUUUGUCGAGUUGGCGACAGGAGAGAGAGGAUUCGGUUACAAAGGCAGCAAAUUCCACAGAGUCAUCAAGGACUUCAUGAUCCAGGGUGGAGACUUCACCAGAGGAGACGGCACUGGAGGCAAAAGCAUCUAUGGAGACCGUUUCCCUGACGAGAACUUCAAGCUUAAGCACUACGGCCCUGGCUGGCUCAGCAUGGCUAACGCCGGCAAAGACACCAACGGCUCUCAGUUCUUCAUCACCACCAUUCAGACCCCAUGGCUGGACGGCAAACACGUCGUCUUUGGAAAAAUUCUGGAGGGGAUGGAUGUGGUGCAGAAGAUCGAAGGCACAAAGACAGAUGGCCGUGAUAAGCCUCUUAAAGAUGUUGUCAUCCACGAUUGUGGCGUAAUCGCUGUGGAGAAGCCAUUUGCAGUGCCCAAGGAGUAGAAGAGUGCUGCUGAGAAAGACCAGGGAGAACAGGACUGGGGGGGGGGUCGUGCAGGCCACAUUGAUUUGUCACUAACAGCCCUGUGGUUCAAGAGGGGGUUUUGGGUCAUUUGGUGGGUGGGUGGGGGGGGAGGGGGUCUGCCGUCUUAAAAGCACCAGAAGAGCAUUAACACCAAGCAAUCAUGACGACACUCUGGGUCCAUUUACCAACGAGCAUUCCAAGGUGCACUUAACUGUUGGUGGUUUUUGUAAAAAAAAAAUGAAAUCUGAAAUAAAAGGUUUCAAUUUUUCUUAAAA